AUGGUUCUCUUCAAACAACUCGAAAUUUCUCAAAAAAUUACAAAUUUGCAUUUUUCAAAAGAUAAUUUCGGAACAAUCGCCCUUUAUUAUACAACAGAGUCAUCUAUUGGCUGCUAUACAUUACAGAAAAAUACCUUUUCGCAUAUGCAAUUCGAAGAAUUCGGAGUUCCGACAGAAUUAUCUUGCAUUGUUAGUAACGGAAGAUUGGCGAUAUGCACUGAUACUAAAAUAUCAUUUUACACACCAAACGGUAUUGAUCUGAAGUUCCCUUCCAUUGAAUUAGACAGUUCCCCUUAUAAAAUCACUUGGUACCGUGAAUAUCUCAUUGGAUACUUCAACAGUAGAUCAGAUUCACUCAGAAUAUACCAGUUAGAUACUCAUUGCGUGUUUGGAACCUCGAAAUUUGGAAAAGAAUCUCAAUUUACACUUUUUGAAUGGGGAUCCGUAAUUUUAGUACGUAUUCCAGGCAAACUUACCAUUCUUACAGAGUUUUCCAUCGAAAAGAAGGUAAAUGUCCUUUGUUCGCAAUCAAAGCAAUUUGAAGUCGCUUUGAAGCUCUCCAAGAUGCACAGGAUGUCAGAAGAAACAGUAGCAGAGAUACACAGACAGCUCGGCGACUCAAGGCUUCAAAAAAGAGAUUAUGACGGAGCAAUAUCCGAAUACAUCGAAGCCAUUGGCUUUUUAGCACCAUCAUAUGUAAUUACUUUAUUCCUUGAGCCACAACAUGCCGAGUAUUUGAUCCGAUAUCUCGAAGCUCUUCAUGAUCGUAAAUUAGAAGACAGUAGACAUACAACGUUGAGGUUUAAUUGCUAUACGAAGCUAAAGAGGACCGAUAGUAUUAAUAAAAUUGUCGAACAGUGCGUCUCAGAAGCCAAUGAAGGAAAAGAUCCGAAUUUUGACGUAGAUUCCGCUGUAGAUGUACUUAAGCAAGGCGGAUAUAUCGAACAGGCAACAAAAAUAGCACUUGCCUACGAGAAGCAUAUAACUUACUGUUCAAUUAUGGACGGGAUUUCGGAUUACAACGCGGUCUACCGGCAAAUGAAGGUGAUGCCCCCUAAAAUUUUGAAUUAUAUCAUCAUGAAUUACGGCAUGAAAAUUUUACACGCUUUCAGUGAAGAACAGAAGAAGGAGUUCACAGAAUACAUUGGAGACUCUUGUUGCCAAACUUUUCGUGUAAAUGAAAAAGAAUUUAUGUUAAAAGCAGACCAAAUCCAUAUCAUCUUCUUUUCCCUGUUUACGAACUUAUGUUCAUAA